AUGGAAGAAGGCAAUUUCCGGGAGUCCGAAUUAGAGAAGAGUGGAUCUCCCAAAGGAGCUACUCCCAAAAGAAUUAUCCAUUUCGUUGAUGGAGACAUCAUGGAAGAGUAUAGCACAGAGGAGGAGGAAGAGGAAGAAAAAGAGGGACAGAAAACAAAUUCAACACAUGAUCGCUCUACCCUUUCAUGGGGGCCCUAUCUAUGGUUUUGGGCAGGCCAAAUAGCAAGCACCUCAUUGUCUACAUGUGAAUUCCUUGGUGAAAGAUUUGCUACCUUCUUUGGUCUUAAUCAACCCAAAUAUCAGUAUGUGUUGAAUGAGUACUAUAAGACACAAAAUAAGGAAAGUGACAAGGAAAGUGAAGGAAAUGGAUCAAAGGCCCAGCCAGCCAAGGUUCCUAAUGAAAAGUGUCACCUGGAGGCUGGGGGCAAAGAGUAUGGGACCAGAUGA